AUGGGCGCCAGCAACUUCGGCGCAAACGCUACUGGAGAGGGCCUGCGAGAGACCCCCAACAACGGCACAUUCAAACAGGUUGAGCUUUUCUACCAAAACGUCUAUUACUUUUCUAAGGCAACUGACGAUGAAAUCGAGGCCUUCCCGGUCGGCCUGCAGAUGGUUGGCGGGAAUGCCAGUCUGCGAGUGCUCCUGUUGCGACUGGCGAACUAA